UGCCUUAGCAAAAAGGCACCAUUUCUUACAUCACCUGUAUCCUUUAGAGGAUUUUGGUGGGCCCCUUCACCCACCAUUCUCUCCUAUUUUCUUUUUCUUCUUCAUCAUAAAAAAGUCUCCUUUAAUUUUUUUCCUGUCUUCCUCUAUUUUCCUCUUUUCUUUAUUUUUCCAUUCUUAUUGUACUACAUAGUAAUCUAGAUUUGUUAAAAAAUAAAGAUUUUUUAUAUGCUCACAUAAAUUAACAAAUCUUCUCCACCUCCACAUUACAAUUAUUAUGCUUAAAUCCCAUUUUUAUAAUAAAAUUAUUUAAUUAAUUUCUUUAUUUCUCGAAUUUGUCAUCAUUUGUGUUUUAGUUAGUUUUAUCUGUUAUAUUUUUUAAUAUAAUUUUUGAAAAUUUAUUUUUUUCAUUUUAUUCUAACAAUUAAACAAAUUCCUCUUGUUAGAAUUGAUAAAUAUUCCCACUGAAAUAAGACUCCACGUUAAAUAAAUAAAUAUUUUAAUUUCUUUGUUUAAUGGCAUUGAUUUGCUUAGCUAACUAGUAAUUGAAAAACCCACUUGACAAAGAAAAUACUCUUGAAAUUUGAGAGGAAAAUCCUGUAACCCAAAUCUGGUCAGAUCUUACUUUGUGGGAUUUUGGUGGGUCUUAUAUGAACAGAAAAACCCAAUAUCCCUCUUUCUUUUCUUCUAUUUCCCUCUUCAUUUCUUCCCUUCUUUUGAACACUCAUCAAUCCCACCACCAUUAUCAACAAUUAAAAGAAUCAUAUGUUGAAAAGAUAGACACUUAUUAAAUUAAUUCCAAUAAUUUAUUGGAUCUUGAAAUAAUUUUAAUUAAUUGAAAAAAAUUUCAAAAAAUUUGAUUUGGGUUAUUUUUAUUUUUGUGUUUUGGUCUAAAAAUGGGAAUGGCAGCUGAACCUCAGUUUCAUGUUUUAGCUGUUGAUGAUAGUUUAAUAGAUAGAAAGCUUAUUGAAAGGCUUCUCAAGAGUUCUUCUUACCAAGUUACAACAGUGGAUUCUGGUAGUAAAGCUUUAGAAUUUCUGGGUUGGCAAGAACAACCUCCUUCUGUUUCUCCUGGUAGUCAUCAGGAAGUAGAAGUGAAUCUUAUUAUAACAGACUAUUGUAUGCCUGGAAUGACUGGCUAUGAUUUGCUAAAGAAAGUCAAGGAAUCCUCAUCACUGAAAAACAUACCAGUAGUUAUAAUGUCAUCUGAGAAUGUCCCUUCUAGAAUCACCAGAUGCUUGGAGGAAGGCGCGGAAGAAUUCUUCCUUAAGCCCAUGCGGUUGUCUGAUGUAAAUCGGCUCAAACCCCACAUGUUGAGAGCCAAAUAUGGGAAACAACAGCAACAAUUGCUUGAAGAUUGUCAAAAACCGGAGCCAAUACCCGUCGAUCAACCACCACCUCCGCCUCCACCACAACAAGAACAAGAACAAGAACCAAAACAACAAAAGGAAGAGCUUCAUAAAAUUCAACAAGAACAGCCGCAACAAACGCAAGUACAGGUACAUCAACAACAAAACAAUAGCAAGCGAAAAUCCAUGGAAGAUGGACUCUCGCCCGAUAGAACUAGACCAAGAUACAAUGAUCUUACCACUGUGGUCUAAUAAUAUAGGGCAGUAUCCUCUUUUACUUCACUGGCAGUUUAAUCGAUUUCAAUGUUACAUAACUCAUCGGCCAAUUCGUUUUUUUAAGUCGCAAUUCACUCGAAAUUUCCCAAAUCCUAAAACCGAUCAUAUACGCUUUUUCAGGAUUUGCUCCUAAUGGCCUUUAAAUUGCGAAAAACUGACCAUGAUUCACUUUUUGAUUCAAGAUUCACGAGGAAAUCAACAAAUCAUGUGACCUGAUCAAAGUAGAUCCAUUUAUUUUCCUAUUUAACCUCAACUUUUUUAUAUUCACCCUUUGCUAUUUUUUCUUGUAAUGAAGAAAAUCUACCCUAAUAGAGUUUGUAGAGAUGAUAAGGAGAGAUGUAUAUUAUGAAGGGUUGGGGGGGAUAGAAAGAGAGGUGUUGAUCAAACUGAUGAAAACCUGUAUACAUCUUACGCUGAACAUAAAUGUAAUUUAAUUUUUGUUCAAUGUAAUUAAGUGGUUCCUAUUUAGGGAUCUACCUCGGCAGUAUUUUGUGAGUAGUUGAUUAUUCGUAAUUUUAUCCAUGUUAGGUCGUUUCGAUA